GGCUCGCGUAUUUCGCGUUCGUCGCUCGCCGAGUCCACACGUGCUGCAGCUCCCGGUCGUGAUACGAGAUCGUGAUCCGUGAUCCGAUCCCUAGUGUCUUAGUCCCACGAAAAAAUAUAUAAAUUCUACAUAAAAAAAAAAAUUAAAUAAGAAAAACAUCCAAAGUGCCCACGAGUGUUAGUGCAUAUCUUUUUUUUGUUGUUAUUGCCGCUGCCUGUUACCGUUACUUGCUUAAGAGCAAGACGCCAAGAAAGAGAAAGAACGAGAAGAGAGUUUAAGAAGAAGAAACGUUCCCGUGAAAGCCGGAAAAGCACGGAAAUAUUAUAAGGAGUCCACGGCAGGCAUAUAGCACACCUGCUGUGUCUUGACCUUCGGAAAGAUUAAACUUUAUCGAUCCGAUCGCCACGCCCACAGCGCCAUUAUGUGGAGCCCACAGAAAGGCCCUACACGACUGUGGGACCUUAGGUUUAGUAGCUGUAUAUUUAUCUUACACUUAAUGUUUAGUUUAGUCAUAGCUGGUAAUGAACUGUGGCCCAUGGAGCGGCCAGAUGGUAUGCCCAACAUCGUUUCCCUGGAGGUGAUGUGCGGCAAGGAUCAUAUGGAUGUACACCUAACCUUUUCGCACCCAUUCGAGGGCAUUGUUAGCUCUAAAGGACAACACAGUGAUCCGCGCUGCGUUUAUGUGCCGCCUUCUACUGGCAAAACGUUUUUCUCCUUCCGCAUCUCGUACUCCCGCUGCGGUACUAAGCCGGAUCUCAAUGGACAGUUCUAUGAGAAUACGGUGGUGGUGCAGUAUGACAAGGAUCUGCUGGAAGUCUGGGAUGAGGCCAAGAGAUUGCGCUGCGAGUGGUUUAAUGACUACGAGAAGACCGCCUCCAAGCCGCCAAUGGUCAUUGCUGAUCUGGAUGUGAUACAGCUGGAUUUCAGGGGCGACAACGUGGAUUGCUGGAUGGAGAUUCAGCAUGGCAAGGGACCUUGGGCGCCACCAGUAAGUGGAAUUGUGCCUCUCGGAUCAACCUUAACCCUAGUGGUGGCCAUUAAUGAUUACAGAGGCGAGUUUGAUAUGCGUGUCAAGUCCUGUGUGGCCUCCGAUGGUUCUGGUCAUGUUAUUAACCUAUCCGAUGAGUUUGGCUGCGUGCUGCGACCCAAGAUGAUCUCACGCUUCCUAAAGGCCCGUGCGCCCGACGAGAGGGCCACCGUGAUUACCUAUGCCUUCUUCCAUGCCUUCAAGUUCCCCGAUGCCUUGAGUGUCCACAUCAAGUGCAAGGUGGAGAUCUGUCGUCAUGGCUGCUUGGAUCAUUGUCAGAAUACUGGAGUUGGUGGUGGUGGAUCUGGUGAAUCAUUGGGCUUGGGUCUUGGACUGGGAUUGACCAAUGCCAAUGAGCGAAAGGAUGUGCAUAUGUCCGAUGCGAUGGGCAGUAGCAGUAAUGAUUUGCUCAGAGAUCUGGCACUGCCGCCGGGCGGUCAGCAUGGCAUGGGCUUGGGAAUGGGACCAGAUCAUGAUAUCUUCUAUGAGGACAUUAUCCACGAUCACAAGCAAACGCUAGGCGGCGGAGGCGGAUUGCCAGCUGGUGGGGAUUAUGGUCAUGAAAAGCAUUUGCCGCCACGUCCCGUGCACGAGGAACAGGAGGAGGCUGAUCUGUCGGAUCUGUUUGGCGACGAAGAUCUCGCUGACUUGGACAUGGAAGGAGGCGAGGGUGAGCGAUACUUAGGCCUGAAGAAGAGUGGCAAAUUCCCGCAUGGUCCACGGCAGCUGGAGGCCCAGAAACGUAUGGGUGUGCCAAUGGCGGGUCCACGCUCCUUGGAGCCACAUGGUCAGGAUGAUGAGGAUGUGCCGCGACCAGUGUAUAGGCCACAAGCGGAGGCAUUGAAGAAACCACGCGAAGAUCACAUCGAUUUGGAUAAGGAAGAUGAAAAGGAACAGGAGGAGGAUAAGAAGGAGGAGGACCAACUAGACGGAGCAGCCAAAAAUGAUUCCUCGAAGAGUCGUCGUCGUCGUUCCUUAGUCAUUUCCGAUCGCAAGGUUCGCAGUGCCGAUGUGGGCGUCAGCGGUCUUUACGAUGUUAUAUCCGAGGCGGAUUUGGCCUUCUCACCAGACUCAAAACAGGAGGCGGUCACGGUGUUCCAGGGCAAGAUCAGUGAGGAAGUGGUCUAUGGCAUCUGUAUGCCAGUUCCUGGCUUUAGCAUUCUCUUUAUCGUUGUAAUCUCGGCAACGAUCGUCUCGGCUCUAGUAGCCGGAUCACUGUUAUAUCGCUAUCAAUUACAAAAGGAGGCGCUGGACAAGCAGACGCCCAUGCCUGUUACCGGUACACUGGCCUCCUGGAUGACCUUGAGGCUGUUCCGCCUACGACACUUGCAACAGCAGCAGCAGCAGCAGCAACAACAACAGCAGCAGCAGCAAGUAAGGCAGCCAAGUUCAGGACACGAAACAGUCCAGUGAGAUUGACCAAGGAUCAAGAUCAAAAUUACAAUCGGAAAUCGAAAUCGAUAUCGAAAUGGAAAUGGAAAUCGUCCAACCACGUCCAAGCCUUCCAUUUAUGAUUAUUAUUUAUUAUGAUUAUUGUUUUUUUUUUUUUGUAUUAUUGGGUUGUUUGUUCAGGAUCCUGAUCCCGAUCCCGACAAGGCGAUAUGGUGCAGAUAUCAGAUAUCAGAGAUCGGGCAACAAUGCAAUACUCGAACUGCUCGUUUCGGUGCUGAAUGGAAGUGUGUUUUUUUUUGUAUUUUUAUUUGUUUUCGGGUGCAUUUAGUCGUAAAAUUGCAUAGAAAAAAUAAUAGAAAAAAAGAAGGGAAAGAAAAGAAAGUAAAAGUAAAGAAAAGAAAACGGUAAGUACACAAAGAAAGAAAGAAUAAAAGAAAGAGAGAGAGAGAGAUAAACAAAUACAAUGAAGACUCCGGACAAGGUGCUGCAGGUUUAAGGAGUCGGAUGCUAUAUAUCAUAUAUACAUCCGCUAGGCAUAAGGGAACUUAUUUACUUAUACAUAUAUAAAUAUAAAUUAUACAUACGAGAUUUAGCUGUAA